AGCGUUUUAGAAAGACGCAACGCGGAAGUGUAUUUGUUAUAAGCCGCGCAAGAGGAACGUGUGUAGUGUGCGAGAUUGUUUUGGUGUCUCGUCCUUCAUCAUGAUCAUCCCUGUUCGCUGCUUCACUUGUGGGAAAAUUGUUGGGAACAAAUGGGAGGCGUAUUUGGGUCUCCUUCAAGCGGAGUAUACAGAAGGUGAUGCUCUUGAUGCUCUGGGCUUGAAGAGAUACUGCUGCCGUCGGAUGCUUCUGUCCCAUGUGGAUCUAAUUGAGAAGUUGCUUAAUUAUGCUCCGCUGGAGAAAUGAGGAGCGUCCUUGCCAUAUGAAGAUGAAAGUCCCGCUCGGCCUCUCCUCAUUUUCAAAGACUUGAUCCUGUUGAAAGACACCGACACGAGUUUUGACAUGGAUAUUAGACCAAAUCUGAAGAAACACACUUGUGAUGUUGAAUUUUUGUUUAUUAGGGUUUUGUUAAAUAAAGAUUGAGAUGUA